AUGGCAAACGAGCAGACGGAUUACCUGAUGAUCGGUAAACGAGCAUACGGAUUACCUCAUGGUAAGCAAUCAGCGCCGCCCAUGGACACUCACACGGCGAAACAGAACUCAGUGGUUGUUUCACGCCGGUUUUCUGUGAAGCCGUGGUAUCACUCCGGUCGAGCCGACUCAUUCGUGCCGAAGCAUGGCUCUCCCACACUUGUACGUACCUGUGAACUUCAAAAUUGCAGCAAUUUUCAAGAAUCGAUACAAGGGCCAAAGACAGUCAUUCAUGUCCCAGGGACACGCUGGACUUCAGUGUUUUGGUGUUUUCAUGUUGCAUCUAGGUACUGUAAAUCCUGGCUUAUAGGAGUUCCACCGGAGUUGACCACAAAAACCAUUGUUCCGCGCGGCAAUCGAACCAGCAACGCGUUACACGGCAGCCAAGCAACGCGUCAACCAUGCAAUACUCUUGUAACAACCUUUAUGAUGUCAUAA